CAACUCGUCACUAUGGUCGAAUCAGUAUCUGGACAGAUUCCUAUCGUCAGGCCAUAUCGUUCCCACGCGAUUCCCGCUUGUGACUAUUGCAAGAAGCGAAAGAUUAGGUGCGAUAUUGACCUGCCUGGGCAACCAUGCCGCUUUUGUCGAACGCGACAAGAAACAUGUAGUUACACACAGCAGGAGAAGAUGACGGGCGAGGCCUCAUCAGCAGGAGGCAUAGAGCAAAAUACAGACCACCGAAGAGGCGACGGCAGAGCCAUGUACCGAAUGAUCGAGGCAUGGCGACCCCUCCAGCUAGUGGGCAUGGAGAAGACAUAUCUAUAUUGCAACAAUACCUUAGCUCCCAUACGGCCGAAGCAUACGGCCGAAGGCAACCCUGCAGCAAAGCUGUAUAAUACGAUUUCGAACGCACCGGGGAACCCAAUCGUCUAUCUUACGGUUCCGAGAAGACGUAAGGGGUUGAAUACUGCAGUUGACCCAGGACGAACGCAGAGAGACAUUAUCGAGCAGAUUUUGAGCCCAUUCGCGGCUGAAGUGCGGCGUCUAUACUUCGAUCGUCUACAUCCAUGCUUUCCGAUUUUAGACGAGAAGACCUUCUCGGAUAUGUGGCAAAAAGAUAAUGGGCGCAUCUCUUCAACUCUGCUGUGCGAUCUGUAUGCUUCCGCUUUGUCGUUCUGGAAGUGUUCCGAAUUACUUCAGAACUAUCCAAGACCAGACAUGCAUUUCACCUGGAACCAGGCAGUGGCUGCCCUACAAGAUGACUUCAUGGCGCCAACAAUAUCAACGGUUCAUGCCGCUCUGUUAGACAUGGUGGGGCUGCAUAGAGAUCCAACACUCUGGAAGGCAACGGCACAUGAGAAGAGCGUGCGUAUAAGACUCUGGUGGGGCGUUUUGAUCCACGACUAUUGGUCUAGUAUUGGUCAUGGCAUUCCGCCGACCACCGACCCACGAUACUACGACGUUCCGAUUCCCACUUCUGAUAUGCUUGCUAUGUCAUUAGCUUCGGAGACUCAAAGGAGGGCAACUACAUCUUUUAUCAACCUUUGUAAGCUUAGUCAAAUUUUGGGCGAUAUUCUCCCCUUCGUUUACUCGCUACAGUUGGACGUAGAGGAAGUAUCGAGAAGCUUGAGAAAGACUGAGUGCGUUCUGGACGACUGGGCUAUUGCGCUUCCUGAAUAUCUACGGCCUUACUCCUCGCUUAGUUGCACAGUCAAUGGUGCCAGCAACCUUUGGUUUUCUUACCUGUCCGUCAAGGUUCUCAUUUGCCGCCUGGCUUUCAAAACGACGCUUAAAAACUCAAAGCCUUCAAUAUCUGAAGCUCGUCAGUACCGGCUUGCUCUACUUCGGGACGCUUCUUGCGACGUAGUAGAUUUGUCACCUCUCUGA